AGAAAGCCUAUAUGAAGUAGAGGAAGGGGUAUUGGCCUCAUUGUCUAGGGAGGAACUGCUAGGGUAGUAGAACAAUGGGAUUAUGCUGUCACAAAAACCAAAGGAAAAACAUAAUUUCUUAAAUCAUGGUCUGUCACUGAAUCUGGUUAUAAAAUCUUAUCUUGCACUAGAAGGAUCUGUAGCUUUUCCAGCUGAGAAUGGGGUUCAGGAUACUGAAUCAACACAAGAAAAGAGAGAAACUGGGGAUGAAGAAAACUCAGCUCAAUUUCCUAUAGGAAGGAGAGAUUUUGACACACUCAGAUGUAUGCUGGGAAGAGUCUACCGAUCUUGUUGGCAAGUCUGAUUCUUUUUUUGAUAUGGACCCGUUGGUCCAUAUCAUCUUUUCAGAAGAAAAGAAAAGCAU